GUCAGCUGGAGUAUAUCCAUCUCUCAGCUCCAUUUGUGGCGGUGAGGAAUAAGGAAGUGAACCUGACUGCUGUUCUGUGGCCCAGCCAAGUGGGAACGGUCACCUACAUCUGGUGGAUCGGAAAUAACACAGAGCAGCCAGUAAUCACCCUAGAGGGAAGUAUAGCAUGCACAUUCUCCCGGGAAGGCAUCAAUACAGUCACUGUGCAGGUGUCUGCAGGGAAUACUAUUCUGCAGGACAGAAAAACCAUUGCUGUCCAUGAAUAUUUCCAAUCUCAUCUGCUUGCCUUUUCAUCAAACCUUGAUGACCACAACCCUGAUGUUGCCGAAUGGAGGCUGGAUGUGAGCCGAGUUAUCAAGAACUCUCUGAUCCAGGCUACAGGUGUGAGAGAGGAUCAGCUUCUGGUCACUGUUCUCCCAGGUCUACCCACUGCUGCAGAGUUUUUCCUCCUACCUGACAAGCAGUUAACUGAGGGGAAACCAGAGAAGAGCUCUGCUCAUUUAGAUCAGCUCUCUGAGGUUUUGCUCAGCGCCUUGAAUCAAAACCUUGUCCAGUUCACACUGCGGCCAGGGGUCCAAGUGACUGUUUAUGCAGCACACCUAUCAGCAGCGCCCCUAGUGGACACCAGCGAGAACCACAGUGGCUCUGCCAUGCUAAUGCUGUUAUCAGUUGUGGUUGUGGGUUUAGCUGUAUUUGUCAUCUACAAAUUCAAGAGGAAGAUCCCAGGCCUCAACGUCUAUGCGCAGAUGCAGAAUGAAAAAGAACAAGAAAUGAUGAGUCCAGCUAAUCCAACAGAGGCCACACCCAGCUCACAGCGGGACUUGGUGCAUUCUUUGGAGAUUCUGGACACAGAGUUUAACUCACGGCCCAUCGAAGUGAAAUGAUCCGGUCAGGGGCUGAAUGAGAGCUAAACAAAAAUGAGAUGUAUGAAACCUCAUGUACAUGUGAAAUUCUCCACAGAACUCCCCACAUACAUCGUCUGAACUCUGGACUGGAUUACCACUCCAGCUGUGUCAUGGAUAUUUUUUUACCAUUUGGGACACAAUGGUUUUGAGCUUUAUACCUGUGCAUGCUGGACCCUGCUGACACAUACUGUGCUCUGUUCAAACCAGAAGAAACUGUGUACAGGUUUUCUUUUAACAUCAUGUCUGAUACAUUAAUCAUUUAAAAAAUUUCAUUUAUUUAAACAAGUCAGAUACAUAAUCCAGAAGGGAUGCCAGCAUGAACUAGCGAAGGGAAAAUUGUCAUAAACAACAAUGUUUUGACUUUGCUUAUAUAGAUAAGAUUGGUUUGCUGUUCUAUGAAGCAAACAGCAGUAGUGUAUUAUUUAUUCAUAUAAAUAUACUUUUAUGAAGUAUGUUAUUGAAGUGAAUUACACAUUUAUUUUGUAAGUCAUAAAUGUCUAUGUUAGAAAUGUGUAUUUUAAUAACAUGUCAUACUAAACAUAAAUGCUGUUAUAAAAAAUGAAUAGGGUAUUUCAAAGCUUUUUGUUCAUUGUCUCUUGGAAAGCUGAUUUAUGGCACAAUACACAUUUUCUACUGAAAUAUUUCUUUUUUUCUGAUUUUAAUUUAUUAACAAAAUACGGGGUUUGGUUUUCUGGAUUAAUUUAAACUUUGCUGUUAAUCUAAUGCUUCUGGUACUAUUUAUGAUACAUACCAGUUUGUAAAAUGUUUUGUGCUUCAGCAUCUUCUGACUACAACUGAUCCCCAAAUAUCACAAGACAUUACACCUUUUAGGAACAGAAGAACAAACUGGGGGACAGCAGGACGACUAUCCCACAAAGAAAAAUAUUCCAAAGUUGUAGUUAGCCACAUCCCAAUCUACAGCCAACAUCCCUACUGGAGGCAGAGAACAAUUUAUCAAGGCAAAGAUUUAAGGUGGCAGUUGGAAUGAGAAACAACUACUUUGUGAGAGUAUCCAAAGAGUAUGGCAUUGAGGAAGAGAGAGGCAGAGAGAGAGGUUAAGAGAGAUGGAAGAGUGCAUUUUGGGGGCAUGGUGCAUUAAGAGUGUUGUAUUGGACAGAAAAAAGAAGAGGUUGACUUCUUGAAUCCUUAAUGUGGCCAGUCAAGCUCAAGGCUGGCUAAGGUUGGUGACACAUUUAGGCUAAUGUCCUGACCCAGUCUCGAGUAGCAGCCAUCUUCAUCCCAGCUCAUUAUAUCGUGCUGUAGGAACAAGAGAACUAGAGCGCAGAUGCUACCAGGCUAUAUGGAUGGUUAGCUUGUUCAGAGGACUGUCAAGCCCUGUGGUACUUUGUGUGCAAAAUCUGACAGAUGUAAAUGCCUGAUUGAUGCCUUUCAAAUCUUCCAAGGCAAUUUUUCUGGAUUUGUUUUUUUUCCUCUCUUUUUACAUUGAGGAGGUAUGGACACAAAGAGAGUGUGGUUUUGUCUGUUUCAGAUGAUAUUUUCCACAAUUGUUCAGCUGUGUCUGCGCAGAAAUUGCCCAAGUAUGCACCUACGCGCAAAGAGUAGAGGAUGUAACUCUGGACCAUACAGAAGAGCAGUGAUUAUACACUUAAAUGCAACACUUUGUGUAACAUUGCCUCAUUUGACCUGCUUAACAACAAACACCCAUUUAACACUGUGUCAAGUAAGGAGAAGUUUGUCCCAUUUCUUUUACGAUGGGACAUGAGUUAAUAGGUUCUCAAAUAAUUGUGAGAUGCCAAGAGAGGUGGACUUGACCAAAUUUCCUUAUAGCUCUGCAAUGAUUAAAAAAAAAUGAGGAGCAAACAUGAUAAAAAUGUUACUUUUCCUGGAAUGUUGGUGCACAUGAAAGCUUGGAAAUGGAUGUUGAGAUGUCCUGUGUAUACACAGAGAUACAAAGGGCCUGAAGCUUGCAGGUAUCUUUGUGUGAGCAGAGUUAACUUUCAUAUUGAGCUCCAAUUGAGCAGUCAUUUUACAGUUACUACACUGGCACAUGACAAAGCAUGUCAUUUGUUGGAUGUAUUCCCCACUGUGUUCCUUGCAUUGUUUUUGUUGCUAGUUAGAGUUUUAUUGUAGAGAACAGGAAAGCCAUUGACCAUGAUGAUCAGCUUUGUAUACAUUUCUUUGAAGUAUGUUUAACAAUUACAUGCUUCAGUUUGACAACAGAAUCAGAGCAAGCAUGAUUGGUUGUUACCAGGUUUUGUCUGGUACAUCAGAAUUUAUGUAAAGGGACACCUUUCUUUACUUCCCUGGGAUGGAUUGCUGGGUGCCUCUUGAAUUUUAGUAGUGUUGGGGUGGCAAGCAUCAAGAGUCUACCACAGUAGAUACUUGUGUUUUGACAUGUAUCACACAUGACAUGCUAGUGUGCGCUGCCCUCAAAGACUGACAUUUACUAGAACAUGCACUGUUAUCUGUUACAGCAGUUAAAAUUUUUAUAUAAGCUGUAAUAAAUCUGUUUAAAAAGAAGUGUUUAUAUUCCAGAGCUGCAUGCUAGGAUGAUUUGGUAACAAUUCAACUUCCAUCUUCAUGUCCAUUGUAGCUGUGUGUAUACAUCUGAGGUUGCAGGAUACAAAUUGCACUCUAGUAUGAGGUGAUUUAUAUUAUCCCAUUGCAUGGUAUUAUAAGGGUGGUUUAACAUGCUGGUGGUUGGAUUUUUGUUAAUCAGAAACAUCAAUGAAAUAUCUCAGACAUGUAGCAAUACAAAAACGGGACUGGAUUCCCCACACUUAAGGAAAUUUUAGAAGGAUGUAAAGUUCUAUACUAGUAAAUACAAAUUUCUCUGUCUGGCUCUGAUUUUAACAGCUUAAGGGAGACAUACAGUACAGCAGCCUGUAACCACAGACCCAUGGUACAAAACAGCAGACUGCUAAUCCUAACCUCCACCCCAGGAAGAGGAAAUGACUGUGGCCAGACUAGAUCAGGAGGUCAAUCAUAAUAAAAGCAUCUUCUGUCUUUGAGUUUUGCUAGGAUGAAGACAAGUUGAACAGACAGGAAGUCCUGCAAAAAGAGGAAUUUCUGGCUUCCUGGUUAGGAUGAGCUGUGAUGUGACAGAACCCAAGGGUGUGGGAAACGGUAUCAAGUUGUAGACUAGCUUUGAGCUACACCCCCCACCUGACCCGCCUCCACGCCCCACCCCAAUCUAAUCUCCUCCUCCUUGCAGAACUAGCAAGAUUAUUAUUUUUGUAGAGAAAUAUUAAUAAUAAUAAAAAAAAAAAGAAUUUUAUUACUGUACAGCUUUUCUAUGAGAACAGACGGUAAGGUGUUACAGUGUUUUUGUUUGACCUCAACUGUGCUGUGUGUAAUUGUUUUAUGCAUUUACAAUCAUAUUUAUUAAAUGGAAAGAAGUCUGUUAACUGUGUUUGCAUUUUCUUACAAUAUUUGUAAAGAAAUACUAUGUAUUUGCGGAAGUAAUAUUCAACCCAUAAAGAAA